UUUUCUUUUCUGGAAGCACAAAACAACAGCUUUCUGAUUCGAUCUAUUUGUUCACUUUCUGAAUAAUAGAAUAGCAAGUAUUGAUUGAAUCGCGUUAGUACAAUGGGAAGCGUUUGGCGGUGGAGGUGGUUGCUGCUGCUAAUACUAAGCGGCGCCAUUUCUUCUCCUAAAGCGGAAGUAGAAACUGAGCAAUUGGUCACCCGAAUUGCUUUCGGAUCAUGCGCCAAUCAAAGCGCCCCUCAGCCCAUCUGGAAAGCAAUCAAUGAGUUUGAUCCCCAAGUUUUCAUUUGGUUGGGCGACAACAUUUAUGGAGACAUUAAGCGCCCUUUCAAAUUGUUUGGCAAACACAGGACCAUUGGCCCAUGGAAGAACGCUCCCAGGUUUAUUCCUUCUUCUUCCCAUGAUAUGGAAUCCAGCUACCUCUUAGCUAAGUCUGUUCCUGGCUAUUCCCGUCUUCGCAACUCUGCUAAGGUCAUUGGCACCUGGGAUGACCAUGAUUAUGGUUUAAAUGAUGCUGGAAUCGAAUUUGCCCACAAACUCACUAACCAGAGGCUUCUCCUCAAUUUCCUAGAUGAACCUCAACACAGUCCUCGGCGUAACCAGCAAGGUGUAUAUACAUCUUAUAUUUUUGGCCCUGCGACCCGACAAAUCAAGGUUAUUCUCUUAGACACUAGAUAUCAUAGGGAUCCUUUGCGUAGCGAUGGAACUAUCCUGGGGGCUGCUCAGUGGAAGUGGCUAGAAAAUGAGUUAUAUGGACCUAAAACGGCUAUAACCAUUAUUGGAUCUUCUAUACAGGUUGUAUCAAAUCUUUCAGCAACCACUGGUCCGCUAUUCUAUUUGGAAUCUUGGGGUCGUUUCCCAAAGGAGAGAAAUCGCCUAUUUAAGUUGAUAGCAGAUAGUAAGAGAGACGGAAUCUUUUUCAUUAGUGGAGAUGUUCAUUUUGGAGAAAUUUCGCGAUAUGAUUGUGCUACAGGAUAUCCACUAUAUGACAUCACCUCAAGUGGACUUACCCAGGCUGUUGAGAAGGCAGUCCCAUCACCAUUACAUUUCAUAGUGAGAUUUGUGGCUUGGUUGACACCAACUACAAUGAGAGUAAUGGGAAAAAACUGCAGAUUCAGGUCGUGUACAUAUGGCAAACCCAAUUUUGGUACAAUUGAAAUUGAGUGGAGUAAGGUUCCCGUGACUUUGAAGCUUGAAGUGAAGGACUUGAAUGGGCAGUCCGUCACUGCUGUAAACUUCCCAUUGUUAGAGCUGCAAUCACACAGUGUUAACUCUAUGGUAUCCGCUGAAGGAAAAAUGCAUCAAAAGCACUGCUAUCUUGAAGUAAAUUUGCCAUGGAUUGUCAGAUAUCGCCUGGCCAUUUUGUUCUAUUUAUCUGUGUCUGUGUUUCUUCUGGGUGUGCUAGGAGCGAUAUAUGCAGGCUGCAGGGUAUGGGCUCGAAAAUGCAAGCGUGAUUGAUGGUGAAAUUAGAUAGUAAGUAUAGGUUUUCAGUUUUGAUCAUCACCCUAAAUAGGUAGAGAUUUGAAGCUUAGAUGCUUAUGUUUUUUGAUAGACAAAAAUCAAUUUAAACCACACUCCUAGUCUCCUUUGUUUCUCUUUCAGGGUAGUUUGGAGGAUGCAAUGAUAUCAGAUCAAUUUGCAUAUCACUGUGAAGUGUAAACUUUUAAUUCUGCUUAUUAUUCUUUAUUUAUUGUGUGCGUCUUGUUUA